AUGUCCCGUGUAAGGGCUACCGAUUUCGAGGAACGGGAUUACUACCCUGCUCCUCGACGUUCCGCUCCAGAGGGGCUCGAUGAAGUCGAUUAUCGUCGCCGCACCGUCACAAUCAGCCCUCCCCCGCGAGAGGAGUCUCGCACGCCCGCCUUUCUGCGGGAGGACAUUCGCCGAACCGAAGCUGGUCCUAUGGUCCUGCGCCAGCGUCAAGUAGAGACCAUCGACCGACACCGACCCAGAAGUCCCAGCCCCGUCCGUGUCCGAGAGGAGCGCAUCAUUCGACGACCCCGCAGUAUUUCCCCCGAGAGCAGUCAUCACUCUCACGCUCACACUCACGACCAUGAGCACGAGCACUCUCGUACCCGGGUAUACGAGCGAGAGCGAGUCAGGGAGCCCUCUCAACCACCUGCUAGGCGAGCUCCUUCUCCCGCGCGAGUUGUGAGAUAUGUUGAGCGACCACAGAAGUCGCCUUCUCCUCCGCCUCCCCCGCCAGUUGAAGAGCGGGAGCGCAUCCGCACUCGCAUCAUUGAGCGUGAGAGGGCUCCUUCGCCCCCUCCAGUUCCUAAGCCUUCUCCUCCUCCUCCACCGCCUCAGACUAUUCGUGGACCGACAAUUGAGCGAGAAGUUAUCACGCAUUACCGGGAUAUCGACCAUGGAAUGAUCAAAGCCAGACCCCCCACCCCUCCACCUCAGCCCAAGCCUCAGCCUCGUGCCCCCUCUCGAGUUCGAGAGCGGGAGACAGAUAUUGACAUUUCUCUGUCCAAGAACAGGACCGAGGUGGAUAUCUCCCGUACAACCCGUACUCGAUCUCAGAGUCAGGAAAGACGAUCAGAUUAUCGUGAUGACGAACUUGUGGUUCGACGUGAGUCCGAGACAACCUCGCGACGCAGAGCGCAUUCUGCCGCUCCGCUGCCCACACCCAAUGCUGUUGAUGAAGAGGGUGAUUAUCUUACUGGCAAGAUCGACUCCCGUGGCAGAAUGGGCGAAGCCUGGGGCGGUGCAACCAAGGACUGGACUCUCGUCGAUGUCCCCCCAGGCACCGAACGCAUCCGCAUGGACGGAAUCGGCGGUGGCAGUACCGAGACGAGCUGGGCAAGGUACACUGGUUCCAGGAAGAGCAAGUUCAUUCCCGAGAGAGAUGGCGCACCCGCGCCUGCGCCUGUGCCCUCUCCCAAGCCUGCUAUCAGGGAACCAUCACCUCCUGCGUCUCGUGACCGUGUGAACGUGUCCAUCUUCGACCGUGAGAGGGAAAUUGACAUUGAGAGAACUCGAGAGCGUGUUACUCGACCUGCUCCUCCUCCCCCCAAGGACAUGUGGACCGAAAUCACCAAGGACCUCGUCCUGCGUGAGGCCAUCGAGAGCUCCGGGUACGAGUAUGAGGAGACUAAGGAGUUUUACUACAUCAUGGACUACCUCAAAUAUGACGAUGUUCUUCGCCUGGUUGAUGUUUCCGACGAGAUUCGAAAGUCUCGAAAGCAACGCGCUAGAGAGCUCGAGUACGAGAGAGAAUACACAUUUGAUUAUGAGCGCGACCGUUCCCGCCACGGCCACCCUCGCUGGGAUGAGGUGUCAGAGCGCGAGACGUUUUACGAUACCCGCCCUCCCCGAGGCUACCUACGUUAA